UUCAAGUCAGAUUUCUCACAGGAACAGACACUUCACUAGAAGCAGAGGCACAUCGCAGUUGGCCAGUGCAGAAGGAAUAUUUUCACAAAAAAAUUUAGCCACGGAUUUAGUUAAAACAAACAGUGGAUAUUAAAUACAUUUUUUUUCCUUUUUUUUUUUUUUUUUGGAGGAGAUAGAAAAUGUCCAGAGUCGCCAGCCUGUCCAAACUGCGGCAGGAGAGGAUGAAGGAGAUCAACUUGAGGAAUAAAGAGCGAGAGCGCAUGAGGGAGCGAGAGAAGGCAGCCCGGGAGAGGGAGGCCCAUUACAACAACGGUCACCUCUUCACCUCCCUCACAGUUUCGGGAACCACGCUGUGCUCUGCCUGCAACAAGAGCAUCACGGCCAAGGAGGCGCUCUGCUGUCCCACAUGCAAUGUGACCAUCCACAACCGCUGCAGAGACGCUUUGCCCAACUGUGCCAAAGUCAAACAGCGACAGCAGAAGACAGCGCUAAUGCGCAACAGCUCGUUGCAGAAUGUGAACAUGCGCACAAAUCCAAUCAUGCGUGAGCGUCCCACGUCGGCCAUCUACCCUUCCGAAAGCCUCCGCCAUUCCCUUCUCGGAUCUCGUCGAGGGCGUUCUGGCCUCUCACUGUCCAAAAGUGUCUCCACGAACAACAUUGCAGGGAACCUGACCGACGACUCUCCUCUGGGCCUGCGGCGGAUCUUGUCCCAGUCUACGGACUCCCUCAGCUUCAGGAACAGAGCCAUGUCGAUGGAGUCCCUCAACGACGACGGCGACUACUACUACACUUCCAUCCUGGAGGAGAUGGAGCUGGAAAGCGAGGACUUCAAGGCCGACUCGUGGAGCAUGGCCGUCAACACAGAUUAUUUACACGCACAUAGCAAAAAUGUCAUCAAGAGGCAGGAUGUCAUUUAUGAGUUAAUCCAGACUGAGGUGCACCACAUGCGCACGCUGCGCAUCAUGCAAAGGGUGUUCCGGCAGGGCCUGCUGGAGGAGCUGCAGCUGGACCCGAGCACCGUGCACGCCUUGUUCCCCUGCCUGGAUCAGCUGAUCGGCAUCCACUCUCACUUCCUGUUGCAGUUGCUGCUGCGCCGCAACGCCAGCCUGCAGCCUGACUCCGACUGCAACUUCACCAUACACCGCCUGGGUGACAUACUGCUGGAGCAGUUCUCCGGCCAGAGUGCUGACGACAUGCAGAAGACCUACGCAGAGUUCUGCAGUCGCCACAUAAAGGCGGUCAAGUUGUACAAGUCACUAAUGGCCAGGGACAAGCGGUUUCAGUGCUUCAUUCGACGUGUGAGUCGAGGACCCUGGCUGCGUUGCCAUGGUAUCCAGGAAUGCAUUUUGUUGGUGACUCAGCGCAUAUCCAAGUACCCCGUCCUCAUUCAGCGUAUUCUGGAGAAUACCGUCGAAGAUGAAGUAGAAGCAUCCUCCAUAGCCCAAGCUCUAUCCAUGGUCAGAGAUCUUCUCAACUCAAUAGAUCAACAGAUGGAGGAGCUGGAGAAGACACAGCGAAUGCAGGAGAUCCAGGCCAAACUGGACCAGCGGUCCGAGACCCGGGUUAGGGACGGCGGACUUUUCAGGCCUGUCGAGCUGCUCCGCCGCAAACUCGUCUACGAGGGAACACUAAUGUGGAAAACUCCCGGAUCCCGACUCAAAGAUUUGCACGUCUUACUGAUGGCGGACAUCCUGGUGUUUCUUCAGGAGAAAGACCAGAGGUACAUCUUUCCAUGCCUGGACAAGCCCCCCGUGCUGUCCUUGCAGAACGUCAUCGUGAGGGACAUAGCCAACCAGGAGCGCGGCAUGUUCCUCAUCAGCGAUUGCUCGCCACCGGAGAUGUACGAGGUGCACGCCGCCUCCAGGGAGGACAAGAACAUGUGGAUACGGCACAUCCAGCGCACAGUCAACAAGUGUCCAUCUCGUGAGGAGUUCCCCCUCAUAGAGACGGAGCACAAAGCCCAUCUGAGGAGACUCAAAGCGGAUCUCCAGCAGAAGGACCGGGAAAUACUGGAGCUCCUGCAGGAGAGGGUGACCCUGUUCUGCGAGCUGGCCCAGGUGAGUUGCCAGGAUGACCUGGAGCCUCCCGUCACGCGCUACCUGUUCAGGGCGGACACCCCGCAAGCUCCACGGGCGGAGAAGUUUCUGCUAGAUGCCACGGCCGAGGUGGACCGACUCAGCGAACUUCUGCUGGGCUCCAGCGUCGACGUUCCUCUCCUGUGCCAUCAUAACAACUUGGACAUCACAAAUGCCAGUGAUCAUGUUCUUCUCAUCAAUGGAGCUAAUGAGUUGCCAGCCACAAAGGAGGUCUGUCAGAGGCUGAUGAAUCUCAGCGUUUGUCUUCAUGCACUCCAGGCUGCUGUCAUCAAACAAGACUCCAUCCUGGAGCUGCUGCUGCAGCAGGAGGACCCGGCAUCGCCGGUGUCGGCGGGAUCCUGGCGGCAAAACCGCGAGGCCGCCAGCGGCGCCACCAUCGGUGAGCUGGCCCUGCUGCAGAGGCAGCACAGCCUGCUGCAGGAGGAGCUGCUGAGGCUGCGCAACGCUGAGACUCGCUUCAAGGACAGCGAGAAGGCUCGGGCCAAGCUGGAGAAGCAGGUCCGACACAUGAAGGGCUGCGGCGAGGCCGUGUCCUCGUACGAGCACUGCGAUACAGCCUCUCAACCUGGAAAGGAAGGCCUGAGUGCAAGUUCCGAGUGGGACAACGGGGCACGCCAAUCAAACGCUCCUCGGGGAGGCAGCGACGAGGAGGUCAACAUGACGUCUGAUGAUGAUGUGGAAGAAGAGGAAGAGGAGGAGGAGGCAUCUCAAAGCUCCAGAGACUUCCAAGAAAUUCCAGAGGAGAUCUGAUCUUCCACCAACAAGCUAAGUGACCCGCACACUCCAAUAGAAAAACCAUUAUGCUGCAAUGUACGUAUCUGCGUCUUGAAUGAAUUAUUACUUAAAUUAUUGAGUCGCUUUGCUUUCCUCACUUAAGGGCUUGUGCGUGGAGUCGUUUGCAUGAUUACUUACUGAAUAAAAGGGUGAGGUGUUGUGAACUAAUCUACGAAUUCACACUACUACACAGAUGUGCUGUUCAACAAUAUUAUUUUGUGCUAUUAUCUUGACAUUUUUAACUUAAUCACAUAAAGUCUAAGUCAUUUCAAAGUUUUUAUUACAGUGGUAUCUCAACUUACUAGUUUUUCCAGCCAAGGCUCACUAGCGUUAUGCUAACACACAAAGCAAAAUGUCAUAUAUGGGCUAAUGAAACUAGCAUCAAUAUUGUGGUGUUAAAACCCUUUAAGCAAUGGACGUUUAAGCACAAAUAUACAUCAACACAUGUCGACAGAUAGUACAACAAUGCUCAUAGUCAUAUUCCGUAUAUAUGAAAACGGCAUCAAUUCAGAAGCAUGCGUGUUUUCAGUGUCAUAGACUCCAGCAUAUGUAUUCUUUAAAACUCUUUGACAAGUUUCUGACUGUAAAAAGAGCUCUUGUUGCACUUUCCAAUUUGUUACAAGUUGCCAGGUGACCUUUCUGUAUACAAGAUAAUUAUUAUAUUAUGACGUUAAGAUGAUACUGUAUAACAUGAAAGGCGAUGCUCACAUAUAUUGUAAACACAGAAGAACGAAUCUAUUGUCAUAUUAAUACGAAAUGUAUUGUCUCCUCAUCAAUAAACCUUUCAUACCACCAAA